AAGCGAAGCAAGCAAAGGCCAAUAAAGGAUCAGGGGACAGGGUAACGUGCACGCAAUAAGAAAUCCAUCCAACCGGACGUGCGUAGCAGAGUGGCACAAGAAUGCAAGAUCAGACGACGAGCUCGCUGCCCUCCAGCAGUGAGAGGUCUUCGAGCUCAGCGCCGCAAACGGAAGCCAGACAAGGCACCCAUACCACUCUUGUUUUUCGAGUUCUAUUUUCCUGCUUGAUUCUUUUUUUUUUUGCAUUUUAGUUGCUUGAUGAUUCCGUUCUCGAUCGAUCACUUCAUUUCACCAAGCAUGUUCUUCUCACUUUGUUCUUGACUCUUUCAUUUUACUUGGUGUUAUAAAGGUGUUUCUCUUCUUUAGUUUUAAUUUCCUCUUCUUUAUGCAAAAGAAGCUUAUUUGUCUUGUAAAUUUAUAGGUGAAGUAUUUCUUUUACGUCGAUCAGCAUGCGUGCAUACGAGGCUAGCUAGCUGACUGGUUUGAACCGGGCCGCGGUGCAGGGAUGGAGAGCGAUGAGGAGAUCAGGAGGGUGCCGGAGUUCGGCCUGGAUCAGGCCGGCCCGUCGACGUCAGGCACGUCGUUGGAGCGCGCCCAGUCGUCGUCCGCGGCACAGGCCGCCAGCGCGCGCCGCCGCUGCCGCAGCCCGGCCGACAAGGAGCACCGCCGCCUCAAAAGGUUGCUACGAAACCGGGUGUCGGCUCAGCAGGCACGGGAGAGGAAGAAGGCGUACAUGAGUGAGCUGGAGGUGAGGGUGAAGGACCUGGAGAAGAGGAACUCGGAGCUGGAGCAGAGGCUCUCCACGCUGCAGAACGAGAACCAAAUGCUUAGACAGGUACUGAAGAACACUGUAAACCGAAGAGGGCCAGUAGUGGCAGUGCCGGUGGAGACAGCAAAUAGCUGACCUCCGGAAACUUCUAUAGUUGGAAGAAAGCAGGGCAAUACCUCUUGACGAUUAAGGUUGAAUUGGCUCCUUGCCUACUCUCCUGAUUGAUUGAGUUUGUUAAUUUAGAUGAAGUUCUUAGAUCUAGAGAACGUUACGUGCUGCAUAUGUGCAUGUCUUCAAUCCGCUUUGGAACUUUUGUAGUUGUAUGUACUAGUGUCGCUCUCUACGUACACCGUUGGCCGCCCUGCCAAAAUGUAAUGCGUAAUCCCGGCCGUAUAUAUGUAGAUUGUACUUAAUACGUAUACGGCAUGAAU